GUCUUCAUGGUCCUGGAUGAGGCCCACCACUGUUCAGUGGCCUGGGUCAAGCACCGGACUCUGACCCUGAGCGCUGCUGAGCAGCCGGUGCUGAGCGUGCCUGUGGAUGCGGCAGGCAGCCCUGAGCCCUGCCUCCCAUUCCGGCCACCCCACGGUGCCAGCCUGGAGGACGUCCUCAGCCACAGCUUCAGUGAGACACAGCCUUGCGAGGUGGGCUGGGUCUAUCGCAGGAGGCCCCUCUCCCUAAAGAAUGAGCUGAACCUGGUCUGUGGUCGGAAGCAUCCGAAGGACACCUUCCAGUCGGUGGACCUGGCUAGGCUCCUCACUGGGGCGCUCAUCGUUGGGCCCCUCUGUGACUGGAUUGGCCGCGAGGCCGCUAUCCUGGUGCAGCUGCUACUCUUCGCCAUCCUUGGCAUGGCCGCAGCCUUUGUGCCCGCCUUUGAGCUCUACACGGCCCUGCGCUUUGCUGUGGCCACGGCCGUCGUUGGAUAUAACUUCAGCAGCGUCACCCUACUUGCAGAGUGGGUGGGGCCCUGGUAGAGAACUCAGGCUGUGGUCCUGGCCCAGUGCACCUUCUCCGUGGAGCAGAUGGCCCUCGCAGGACUCGCCCAUGGCGUCCAGAGCUGGAGGCUCUUCCAGAUGGCUGGCGCUGCACGUCUUCUGCUCUUCCUUCACUUCUGGGCUCUGCUGGAAUCUGCACGGUGGCUCCUGACCCGGGGGAGGGCAGAGGAGGCUAAACAACCGAUCCAGAGGGUGGCCUCGGUCAACAAGCGAAAACUUCUCCGAGCUCCUGAGCCAGGUACUUGCAGUAGCUGGGCCAGCCCUGCCCUGGUCUGACCACACAGCCCGGCCUGCCUGGCCCCUCACUCUGCACCUCCCUCCCGGAUGGUCCCAGAGAAGACCGGCCCCACGGGGGAUGCCCUGGAUCUGUUCUGACACCCCCAGCUCCCCGGCACUGUGAUGGCUCUGGUGGGGAAGUUUGCCACGGCGGCCGGAUUUACCAUCUCCUACGUGUAGUCUGCUGAGCUCUUCCCCACUGUCAUCAGGUAAGGACUGCAGACGGGCAUGGGGCUGGUGGGCAUUUUCUCGAGGAUCGGGGACAUCCUCACGCCACUCGUGACCCUGCUGGGUGAGUACCACACGGCCCUCCCUAUGCUCAUCUAUGGCAGCCUCCCCGUCGGGGCUGGCUUACUCUGUGCCCUGCUGCCAGAGCCACGUGGCUGGAGCACGAAGGACGCCAUGGACGACCUGGAGCAGGAGUCCUGCCCACAGCGAGGUCCUUCUGCUUCCUCCAGCCCUCUGAAUGCAAUGACCUCGGAAAAGGAUUCCGAGGCCUCAGGAAGUACUUCUAGCCCAGGGGUGGCCUUUAGAGCAGCACGUACCUCUGAGUGUGUCUCCGAAGCCAGAGCAGCAGCAGCAGAGAGCUGCCUGAACACUCCCCUGGGAACAGCUGGACCUGUGAGCAUGACCGUCUUGCUGACGGAGGCAGCACCCCAUGAGCUGGCCCCAGAGCCAGCCAGCCACUGCCCAGCCCCAUCCCAGAAGCAUCCGAGACAGGCCUCCCUCCUUUCAAAACCUUUCUCAUCCCCAGAGCCCCACGUCCAACACCCUGUUCUGGGCUAGAGUCUUGGGCAUGUCUUGGGCUUAACUUGUUCUCUGACAGUCUUGUGGGGAUAUGGCUCCUCAGAUCCCGUCCAUCUGGGGUCCCCCUGCCCUGAAAACACAGUCAAGCCAAAAACAGAACAGCUGGGUAGGGCCUCUCCAAGUAGGUGAGAGUAGGAAGAGAAAAACACUUAAAAGUUCUGGACUCGCCCAGGCAGGUGAAGGAAAAGCUGUGGAUGAAGGGAAGGUUGUGGUUCCUCCAAUGGCUGGACUAGGCCCUUCUGGAUAAGGUGGGACCCACAGGGCAUUUGCUCCAGCUGAGCGGGCACUGAUUCAGUCAGAAUCGAAGCUUCAGUCUUGCCUUCUCUUCAAAGAUUCUCCUUCCCCUGUCCUGCACUCAGGGACCAGUGGCGGGGAGAGGGAGGAUGUGGGUCCUGUUCCUCUCCGGGCCCCUCCUCCCUUUCAUGCUCUGCUUCUCUGGCUCCUUCAGGGCCCAUGCAGGGUGAGGGAAAGGGGAAGAAGUCUUCUUACCUGGUGGCCACUGGUGGUAGUUCUUCCGGGCUUGCAGUGGUUAAUCAUCAGUCAGUGGCCCUGGCAGGCUCCUAAAAGUAGGUUUUCCACAAGAAUUUUCGGGGGGUCUCAGUGAUCAUCCCAGGACCUCUGCGUUGGUCCUUAGUGUGAGCAAUGUGCCUGCAACUGACCCCUUGGGACCCCUCUUCACCUCUUGGCUGCCCCCCCGCCCCGCCCCAUGGGGAUCCCCACGUAGUCUCUUACAGAAGAAUCCAGCUAGCAAGACCAUAGCAGCACAUGAGCCCGACUGUCUGCUUUCUCUCUUCCUGCACCCCAACUUCUGGUCACUGCUGGAAAGAGUCACACUCCCGACAAGUCUGAUCUAUGAAUCCAUGGUCACCAGCACCAACUGGGUCUUUAGCAGCAGCUCGUUU